AGUUCCGAUGAUGUAUUCCGUUGGCGAAUCAUUCACUUUUUCUAUAAAGGCACCACUCCCAUUACAUUACCCCAACCCAACCCUUCUCAUUCCAUAACCACCCAAUUUACAAUACAUUUUUUCUUCUUCUUUUGUUCACUUUCUCUUCUAUAACCAUGUCUUCUCAGACUGUUGUCCUCAAAGUAACAAUGUCCUGCCAAGGCUGUUCCGGAGCAGUCAAGAGGGUUUUGGAAAAAAUGGAAGGUGUUGAAUCAUUUGACAUUGACAUGAAGGAACAAAAGGUGACUGUGAAAGGAAAUGUUAAGGCAGAGCAAGUUUAUGAGACUGUCUCCAAAACUGGAAAGAAGACUGCAUUCUGGGUGGAGCCUGAAAACAAGCCCACAGAAACUACUGCAACAACGGAGAUUGAACCUGUUGACAAGCCUGCAGAAACUGCACCAGUUGUCUCUGCUGAGCCUGAGAACAAGCCUGCAGAAACUGCACCUGUUGUCUCUGCUGAGCCUGAGAACAAGCCUGCAGAAACUGCCACCAUUGCUGCCUAAGACACUUUUGGUUCUAUUUCUAUUAAGAAAAUAAUUAGUUUGUUUUAAUUUUAAAUACAGUUUGAUGUUUAUCUGAUAUAUUCGGUUUGAUGUGUUACUAAUAGUGAUCCAUAAGUUACAAGUACUUCCUUAAUUUCUACUUGUGAUGAUGCUUUUGUUGACUACUAUGCUCUUAAUUACAGAUUAAUGAGUCCUUAUUCUCAUUUACUCA